GAAGCAGCCACACAGAAGAAGGAGAGAAAAAAAAAAGUUUAAAUCAACUCAGAGCAGAGCAGGGAGGGCGAAAGGAGGGGGAAGAAAACGCCCUGGAAAUCUGGUUGAUCGAGAAAUAGGAAAGGAGUGACAGACUCCUGACAGACUGCGAAGUUGUGACAGGGUGAAAAGUGGUCUUCUUGGGCUGGGGAGAAGGGGAGAAGACACAUUUUCAAGGAUGCUCAAGCUGUGUGAGGCUUCUUGAGCGCAAAGAUUGCGCACAGAAGUCGAGGCAUCAAGAACAGGAGCAGUUAACUGAAGCCCUUGGCUUUGCUUGAGCAAUCCAAGGAAAGAAAAUAACAGCGUUUUCAUCACGCAAGGGCUGAAAUAAAGGAAAACAAAAACAAGAUGGCUGACGAAGAAGACACCAGGGAGGUGCUCUUUCCAGAUUGGGAGGGUCCCGACAAAACUGGCUUGACCAUUGAACAGACAAGUGAAGGAGAAAUCUUUGUCAAGGAGGUGAAAGGAGAGUCACCUGCAGCACGGUCUGGAAAAGUGUAUGAAGGUGACCAGAUUGUAGGUGCCACUAUCUACUUUGACAAAAUGACCUCCGAAGAGACAGCAGACAUACUGAAGACACUGAACCGACAUAAAGUUGGACUGAAACUACAAAACAAAGGCGACAAAUCCCCUUGCUACUCACCCUUGAGCACACCAUGUCGCUCACCAAUGGGCACCCUGACAUGGGAAGGACAGACCCGGUUUGGGGGUUCCAGUCCAGAUAUCGUUCUCAGUGGGGAUGAUGAGGACUAUAAAAGAAUAUACACAAAAAAGAUUAAACCAAGACUGAAGUCUGAAGACCUUGCAGAGGGAGUGGAUGUUCGAACGGAGCGGCAUAGCAGCACAAGCAGUGACGGCAGCACAAUUACCACCAUUACUCGUCGUAUCACGACCUACACAGUGGAUGUGCCAUAUGGUAUAAGUGAGAACCUUGAACUUUCAAGCCCAGAAUUAAAGGGGCUGCAACACGAAUCUGGAGAUGGUUCUCCCUGUAUCAGAGUCACACAUGGCAGUCCUUCAGGUAAAAUGGGAGCUGAAGAGGGAGUUUUUGAGUCAAGUAAUGCAAGUUGCACUGGACCACAAGUCAGCUCAACAGAGACAACCUGGGGCAGUGCAGGAGUUCAAUCGACAAUUAUAAGAGAGGGUAAAGAGAAAAGUACAGAGCUCAGAUUUAAAGGGCCGAGCUUUGGGGUUACAAGUCACGGAGGCAUUGACAUCUCAAGAGGGAGGGCAGAAGAAGGAGGUGAAAGCAUUUUGACUUCAGACACAAACAUGACACUAAGAGACAACACAAACACUGGUAGUAGGCAAGUAACAAUGGGAGGAUCAGGAGGUACAGGGAUAAGCUCAAUUGAUCAAAAUGGAGGGUCAAUGGAUAGGCUCAUCAGGCUUGGCGGAAUAUCCACAGAUAUUGAUACUGACUUGAGACUAGGUAAUGUCAGCACAGGAUUUUCCUCACAGCCAGGUAAAAUGUCAGUGAUCACUAAAGAUACCAAUCUUACAAAGAAGGCACCUUCAUUAGAAAUAAAAGGGCCUGUUUUAACUGUAAGAUCUCCAGAGGGUGGAAGUGAUUUCAAAGAACCUGAAAUGAAUGUACCAAAGAGUGAGAGAAAACACAAAAUGGAUGUCAAAAUUCCAUCUCUGUCUCAGUCAGACAUAGAUGUGAACCUGAAGAAAUCCGUGCCGGAUGUAGAUUUAAAAUUGAAAGGUUCCAAACUCAAAGGUGAUGUGACUGUUUCAGCUCCAAAGCUAAAGAAGGACACAAAAACAACUGAUAUGGAGGGUGGUCAAGUUUCUAUUGAAGUGGCUGAGGCUGAAUCUGACUUGCCCAAAAUCAAGAUGCCAACAAUAGACAUUAAAGGUCCAAAGGGGCAGGAUAUAGGGGUUAGCCUUCCCAAAACAAACAUUUCUGUGAAAACAACUAAUGAUAAUAUCAGAGGACCAGAUGUUGAUAGAGAGGGACUAAACACAACAUUAAAAGGACCCACAUUUAACAUGCCAAGUAUUUCAGGGCCGAAAAUAUCCAUGCCAGAUGUGGAUUUCAACUUGAAAGGUCCCAAACUCAAAGGUGAUGCAAAGGUUUCUACUGCAAAGAUGGAAGGAAACAUCAAGACACCUGACAUUGACGUAAAAGGUCCAAAAGUUGACAUUGAAGGGCCAAAAGCUGGAUUUGAAAUGCCCAAAAUCAAAAUGCCAUCACUGAACAUCAAGGGUCCAAAAGUGGAGGUUCCAGAUCUUGAUGUCAAUUUAAAGGGACCAAAGGUUGAUGGAGAAGUGGAUGUGACUAUUCCAAAGAUUGAAGGAGAUAUUCAAGCUUCUAGUGUGGAAAUUGAGGGACCUGAUUUUGAUGUUGAAGGACAAAAAGGCGGGUUUAAAAUGCCUAAAUUCAAGAUGCCAUCAUUUGGUUUGAAAGGUCCAAAGGUCGAAGGCCCAGAUGUUGAUAUCAACCUUCCCAAAGCAAAUAUUGAUGUGAAAGCACCUGAUGUUGACAUUGAAGGACCAGAUGUCGACAUUGAAGGACCAAAUGCUAAAUUAAAGGGACCUAAAUUCAACAUGCCAAGUAUUUCAGGGCCGAAAUUAUCCAUGCCAGAUGUGAAUUUCAACAUGAAAGGUCCCAAACUCAAAGGUGAUGCAAAGAUUUCCACUGCAAAGAUAGAAGGAGACAUCAAAACACCUGACAUCAACGUAAAAGGUCCAAAGGUUGAUAUUGAAGGGCCAACGGCUGGAUUUGAAAUGCCCAGAAUCAAGAUGCCAUCACUGAACAUCAAGGGUCCAAAAGUGGAGGUUCCAGAUCUUGACGUCAAUCUAAAGGGACCAAAGGUUGAGGGAGAUGUGGAUGUGACUAUUCCAAAGAUUGAAGGAGAUAUUCAAGCUCCUAAUGUGGAAAUUGAAGGACCUGAUCUUGAUGUUGAAGGACAAACAGGCGGGUUUAAAAUGCCAAAAUUCAAAAUGCCAUCAUUUGGCUUGAAAGGUCCAAAGAUCGAGGGUCCAGAUGUUGAUAUCAACCUUCCCAAAGCAAAUAUUGAUGUGAAAGCACCUGAUGUUGACAUUGAAGGACCAGAUGUUGAUGUUCCAGAUGUUGAAGCAAAACUAAAAGGACCUAAAUUCAACAUGCCAAGUAUUUCAGGGCCGAAAAUAUCCAUGCCAGAUGUGGAUUUCAACUUGAAAGGUCCCAAACUCAAAGGUGAUGCAAAGGUUUCGACUGCAAAGAUGGAAGGAAACAUCAAGACACCUGACAUUGACGUAAAAGGUCCAAAAGUCGACAUUGAAGGGCCAAAAGCUGGAUUUGAAAUGCCCAAAAUCAAAAUGCCGUCGCUGAACAUCAAGGGUCCAAAAGUGGAGGUUCCAGAUCUUGAUGUCAAUCUAAAGGGACAAAAGUUUAAGGGAGAUGUGGAUGUGACUAUUCCAAAGAUUGAAGGAGAUAUUCAAGCUCCUAGUGUGGAAAUUGAAGGACCUGAUUUUGAUACUGAAGGACACAAAGGCAGAUUUAAAAUGCCAAAAAUGAAAGUGCCAUCAUUUGGCUUGAAAGGUCCAAAAAUCGAAGGCCAAGAUGUUGAUAUCAACCUUCCCAAAGCAAAUAUUGAUGUGAAAGCACCCGAUGUUGACAUUGAAGCACCAAAUGUCGAUGUUGAAGGACCAAAUGCAAAAAUAAAGGGACCUAAAUUUAACAUGCCAAGUAUUUCAGGGCCGAAAAUAUCCAUGCCAGAUGUGGAUUUCAACUUGAAAGGUCCCAAACUCAAAGGUGAUGCUAAGGUUUCUACUCCAAAGGUGAAAGGAGAGAUCAAGACACCUAACAUUGACGUAAAAGCACCAAAAGUCGAUAUUGAAGGGCCAAAGGCUGGAUUUGAAAUGCCCAAAAUCAAAAUGCCAUCAUUGAACAUCAAGGGUCCAAAAGUGGAGGUUGCAGAUCUUGAUGUCAAUUUAAAGGGACCAAAGGUUGACGGAGAUGUGGAUGUGACUAUUCCAAAGAUUGAAGGAGAUAUUCAAGCUCCUAAUGUGGAAAUUGAAGGACCAGAUUUUGAUGUUGAAGGACAAACAGGUGGUUUUAAAAUGCCAAAAUUCAAAAUGCCAUCAUUUGGCUUGAAAGGUCCAAAAGUCGAGGGCCCAGAUGUUGAUAUCAACCUUCCCAAAGCAAAUAUUGAUGUGAAAGCACCUGAUAUUGACAUUGAAGGACCAGAUGUUGAUGUUGAAGGACCAAAUGCAAAACUAAAAGGGCCUAAAUUCAACAUGCCAAGUUUUUCAGGGCCGAAAAUAUCCAUGCCAGAUGUGGAUUUCAACUUGAAAGGUCCCAAACUCAAAGGUGAUGCAAAGGUUUCUACUGCAAAGAUGGAAGGAGACAUCAAGACACCUGACAUUGACAUAAAAGGUCGUAAAGUUGAUAUUGAAGGGCCAAAGGGUGGAUUUGAAAUGCCCAAAAUCAAAAUGCCAUCACUGAACAUCAAAGGUCCAAAAGCGGAAGUUCCAGAUCUUGACGUCAAUCUAAAGGGACCUAAGGUUGAGGGAGAUGUAGAUGUGACUCUUCCAAAGAUUGAAGGAGAUAUUCAAGCUCCUAGUGUGGAAAUGGAAGGACCUGAUUUUGAUGUUGAAGGACAAAAAGGCGGGUUUAAAAUGCCAAAAUUCAAAAUGCCAUCAUUUGGCUUGAAAGGUCCAAAGGUCGAAGGCCCAGAUGUUGAUAUCAACCUUCCCAAAGCAAAUAUUGAUGUGAACGCACCUGAUGUUGACAUUGAAGGACCAGAUGUUGAUGUUGAAGGACCAAACGCAAAAUUAAAGGGACCUAAAUUCAACAUGCCAAGUAUUUCAGGGCCGAAAAUAUCCAUGCCAGAUGUGGAUUUCAACUUGAAAGGUCCCAAACUCAAAGGUGAUGCAAAGGUUUCUACUGCAAAGAUAGAAGGAGACAUCAAGACACCUGACAUUGACGUAAAAGGUCCAAAAGUUGAUAUUGAAGGGCCAAAGGCUGGAUUUGAAAUGCCCAAAAUCAAAAUGCCAUCACUGAACAUCAAAGGUCCAAAGGUGGAAGUUCCAGAUUUUGAUGUCAAUCUAAAGGGACCAAAGGUUGAGGGAGAUAUAGAUGUGACUAUUCCAAAGAUUGAAGGAGAUAUUCAAGCUCCAAGUGUGGAAAUUGAAGGACCUGAUUUUGAUGUUGAAGGACAAAAAGGCGGGUUUAAAAUGCCAAAAUUCAAAAUGCCAUCAUUUGGCUUGAAAGGUCCAAAGAUCGAAGGCCCAGAUGUUGAUAUCAACCUUCCCAAAGCAAAUAUUGAUGUUAAAGCACCUGAUGUUGACAUUGAAGGACCAGAAGUUGAUGUUGAAGGACCAAAUGCAAAACUAAAAGGGCCUAAAUUCAACAUGCCAAGUAUUUCAGGGCCGAAAAUAUCCAUGCCAGAUGUGGAUUUCAACUUGAAAGGUCCCAAACUCAAAGGUGACGCAAAGGUUUCCACUGGAAAGAUGGAAGCAGACAUCAAGACACCUGACAUUGACGUAAAAGGUCCAAAAGUUGAUAUUGAAGGGCCAAAGGCUGGAUUUGAAAUGCCCAAAAUCAAAAUGCCAUCACUGAACAUCAAAGGUCCAAAAGCGGAAGUUCCAGAUCUUGAUGUGAAUCUAAAGGGACCAAAGGUUGAGGGAGAUGUGGAUGUGACUAUUCCAAAGAUUGAAGGAGAUAUUCAAGCUCCUAGUGUGGAAAUUGAAGGACCUGAUUUUGAUGUUGAAGGACAAAAAGGCGGAUUUAAAAUGCCAAAAUUCAAAAUGCCAUCAUUUGGCUUGAAAGGUCCAAAGGGCGAAGGCCCAGAUGUUGAUAUCAACCUUCCCAAAGCAAAUAUUGAUUUGAAAGCACCUGAUAUUGACAUUGAAGCACCAGAUGUCGACAUUGAAGGACCAAAUGCAAAAUUAAAGGGACCUAAAUUCAACAUGCCAAGUAUUUCAGGGCCGAAAAUAUCCAUGCCAGAUGUGGAUUUCAACUUGAAAGGUCCCAAACUCAAAGGUGAUGCAAAGGUUUCUACUGCAAAGAUGGAAGGAGACAUCAAGAGACCUGACAUCAACGUAAAAGGUCCAAAAGUUGAUAUUGAAGGGCCAAAGGCUGGAUUUGAAAUGCCCAAAAUCAAAAUGCCAUCACUGAACAUCAAGGGUCCAAAAGUGGAGGUUCCAGAUCUUGAUGUCAAUUUAAAGAGAACAAAGGUUGAGGGAGAUGUGGAUGUGACUAUUCCAAAGAUUGAAGGAGAUAUUCAAGCUCCUAAUGUGGAAAUUGAAGGACCUGAUUUUGAUGUUGACGGACAAACAGGCGGGUUUAAAAUGCCUAAAUUCAAGAUGCCAUCAUUUGGUUUGAAAGGUCCAAAAGUCGAAGGCCCAGAUGUUGAUAUCAACCUUCCCAAAGCAAAUUUUGACUUGAAAGCACCUGAUGUUGACAUUGAAGGACCAGAUGUUGAUGUUGAAGGACCAAAUGCAAAACUAAAAGGGCCUAAAUUCAACAUGCCAAGUAUUUCAGGGCCGAAAUUAUCCAUGCCAGAUGUGGAUUUCAACUUGAAAGGUCCCAAACUCAAAGGUGAUGCAAAGGUUUCUACUGCAAAGAUGGAAGGAGACAUCAAGACACCUGACAUCUACGUAAAAGGUCAAAAAGUUGAUAUUGAAGGGCCAAAGGCUGGGUUUGAAAUGCCCAAAAUCAAAAUGCCAUCACUGAACAUCAAGGGUCCAAAAGUGGAGGUUCCAGAUCUUGAUGUCAAUUUAAAGGGACCAAAGGUUGAGGGAGAUGUGGAUGUGACUAUUCCAAAGAUUGAAGGAGAUAUUCAAGCUCCUAAUGUGGAAAUUGAAGGACCUGAUUUUGAUGUUGACGGACAAACAGGCGGGUUUAAAAUGCCUAAAUUCAAGAUGCCAUCAUUUGGCUUGAAAGGUCCAAAAGUCGAAGGCCCAGAUGUUGAUAUCAACCUUCCCAAAGCAAAUAUUGACGUGAAAGCACCUGAUGUUGACAUUGAAGGACCAGAUGUUGAUAUUGAAGGACCAAAUGCAAAACUAAAAGGACCUAAAUUCAACAUGCCAAGUAUUUCAGGGCCGAAAUUAUCCAUGCCAGAUGUGGAUUUCAACUUGAAAGGUCCCAAACUCAAAGGUGAUGCAAAGGUUUCUACUGCAAAGAUGGAAGGAGACUUCAAGACACCUGACAUCAACGUAAAAGGUCCAAAAGUUGAUAUUGAAGGGCCAAAGGCUGGGUUUGAAAUGCCCAAAAUCAAAAUGCCAUCACUGAACAUCAAGGGUCCAAAAGUGGAGGUUCCAGAUCUUGAUGUCAAUUUAAAGGGACCAAAGGUUGAGGGAGAUGUGGAUGUGACUAUUCCAAAGAUUGAAGGAGAUAUUCAAGCUCCUAAUGUGGAAAUUGAAGGACCUGAUUUUGAUGUUGACGGACAAACAGGCGGGUUUAAAAUGCCUAAAUUCAAGAUGCCAUCAUUUGGCUUGAAAGGUCCAAAAGUCGAAGGCCCAGAUGUUGAUAUCAACCUUCCCAAAGCAAAUAUUGACGUGAAAGCACCUGAUGUUGACAUUGAAGGACCAGAUGUUGAUAUUGAAGGACCAAAUGCAAAACUAAAAGGGCCUAAAUUCAACAUGCCAAGUAUUUCAGGGCCGAAAUUAUCCAUGCCAGAUGUGGAUUUCAACUUGAAAGGUCCCAAACUCAAAGGUGAUGCAAAGGUUUCUACUGCAAAGAUGGAAGGAGACUUCAAGACACCUGACAUCAACGUAAAAGGUCCAAAAGUUGAUAUUGAAGGGCCAAAGGCUGGGUUUGAAAUGCCCAAAAUCAAAAUGCCAUCACUGAACAUCAAGGGUCCAAAAGUGGAGGUUCCAGAUCUUGAUGUCAAUUUAAAGGGACCAAAGAUUGAAGGAGAUAUUCAAGCUCCUAAUGUGGAAAUUGAAGGACCUGAUUUUGAUGUUGAAGGACAAUCAGGCGGGUUUAAAAUGCCUAAAUUCAAGAUGCCAUCAUUUGGCUUAAAAGGUCCAAAAGUCGAAGGCCCAGAUGUUGAUAUCAACCUUCCCAAAGCAAAUAUUGAUGUGAAAGCACCUGAUAUUGACAUUGAAGCACCAGAUGUUGAUGUUGAAGGACCAAAUGCAAAACUAAAAGGGCCUAAAUUCAACAUGCCAAGUAUUUCAGGGCCAAAACUAUCCAUGCCAGAUGUGGAUUUCAACUUGAAAGGUCCAAAACUCAAAGGCGAUGCAAAUGUUUCAUCUGCAAAGAUAGAAUGUGACAUCAAAACACCAGACCUUGACAUUAAAGGUCCAAGCCUUGAACGGGAAUCUCCACAGGGGAAACUCACUGGGUCAAAGGUGAAAUUCCCAACAAUAUCUGGACCCAAAAUAUCACUGCCAGAUGUUGACAUCAAUGUAAAGGGACCAAAAUCAAAGAUUGAUAUAAAAGGAGAUGCUCAAUUACCAAAGGCUGAAAUAGAGGGACCAGAUGUUUCAAUUGAUGUUCCAGAAACAGUUUCAAAGAAAUCUAAAUUUAAAAUGCCAAAGUUUGGAUUCAAGAGUCCAAAGAUAAAGGCCCCUGAAACUGAUGUGAAAUUGGAACAUGGAGAUAUGAAAGGAAAGUCUGGAAGUGCAGAGGACCUUGAUGUUGAAAUUGGAAUGUCUACUACAAAAAUUAAAGGAUCAAAAUUCAAAAUGCCCAAAUUUGGAUUUAAAGGUCCUAAGGCUGAAAUGCCUGAAGUUGAUAUUAAUCUUCCUAAAUCUGAGGUUGACAUUCAAGGCCCUGAAAUUGACACGGACAUUCAGGGUGGAAAGGUAAAGGGAACAAAACUGAAGAUGCCAAGUGUUUCAGGAUCCAAACUAACCAUGCCAGAUGUUGAUUUCAAACUAAAAGGUCCCAAACUUGAAGGUGAUCUUGCAGUUCCAAAGAUGGAGGGAAAAAUAAAAGCACCUCAAAUUGACAUCAAAGGUCCAGAAAUUGAUGUGAAAGGACCCAAGGGAGAAUUUGAAAUGCCAAAAAUCAAAAUGCCAUCAUUUGGCCUUAAAGGCCCCAAAGUGGAUGGCCCAGAUGUUGACAUGAACCUUCCUACGUCCAAUAUUGAUAUCAAAGCACCUGAAGUGGACAUCAAAGGGCCAGAACUUGACACUGAAGGUCCUGAUAUGAAAAUCAAAGGACCCAAAAUCAAAAUGCCAUCAAUAUCAGGACCCAAGCUUCCAGAUUGGGACAUAAAUCUGAAAGGACCUAAAGUAAAAGGAGACAUUGAUGUGUCAGUUCCAAAGGUAGAGGGUGAUAUUAAAGCCCCAAAAGCUGAAAUUGAGGGACCAGACAUUGACAUUGACGGUCACAAAGCAGGAUUUAAAAUGCCCAAAUUUAAAAUGCCAUCCUUUGGAAUGAAAGGUCCACAUGUUGAAGGGCCAGAUGUUGAUGUCAGCAUUCCAAAAGCUGAUAUUGAUAUCAGUGGCCCUGAAGUGGACAUCAAAGGUGCAAAUCUGGACAUUGAUAGUCCUAGUGGUAAAAUCAAAGGACCCAAAUUCAAUAUGCCAAGUAUCUCAGGACCUAAACUUUCUAUGCCAGAUGUUGAUUUCAAUCUAAAAGGCCCCAAACUUGAAGGAGAUGUGUCCAUGCCAAAGAUGGAAGGAAAAGUAUCAGUACCUGAACUUGACAUCAAAGGUCCAGAAAUUGAUGUUAAGGGGCCGAAGGGUGGAUUUGAAAUGCCAAAAAUCAAAAUGCCAUCAAUAUCAGGGCCCAAGCUUCCAGACUGGGACAUUAAUCUGAAAGGACCUAAAGUAAAAGGAGACAUUGACGUGUCGGUUCCAAAAGUAGAGGGUGAUAUUAAAGCCCCAAAAGUUGAAAUUGAGGGACCAGACAUUGACAUUGACGGUCACAAAGCAGGAUUUAAAAUGCCCAAAUUUAAAAUGCCAUCCUUUGGAAUGAAAGGUCCACAUGUUGAAGGGCCAGAUGUUGAUGUUAACAUUCCAAAAGCUGAUAUUGAUAUCAGUGGCCCUGAAGUGGACAUCAAAGGUGCAAAUCUGGACAUUGAUAGUCCUAGUGGUAAAAUCAAAGGACCCAAAUUCAAGAUGCCAAGCAUCUCGGGACCUAAAAUUUCUAUGCCAGAUGUUGAUUUCAACCUAAAAGGUCCCAAACUUGAAGGAGAUGUGUCCAUGCCAAAGAUGGAAGGAAAAGUAUCAGUACCUGAAGUUGACAUCAAGGGUCCAGAAAUAGAUGUUGAGGGCCCGAAGGGUGGAUUCGAAAUGCCAAAAAUCAAAAUGCCAUCAAUAUCAGGGCCCAAACUUCCAGACUGGGACAUUAAUCUUAAAGGACCUAAAGUAAAAGGAGACAUUGAUGUGUCCGUUCCAAAAGUAGAGGGUGAUAUUAAAGCCCCAAAAGUUGAAAUUGAGGGUCCAGAUGUCGACAUUGAUGGUCACAAAGGAGGAUUUAAAAUGCCCAAAUUUAAAAUGCCAUCUUUUGGAAUGAAAGGUCCACAUGUUGAAGGGCCAGAUGUUGAUGUCAACAUUCCGAAGGCUGAUAUUGAUAUCAGUGGCCCUGAAGUGGACAUCAAAGGUGCAAAUCUGGACAUUGAUAGCCCUAGUGGUAAAAUCAAAGGACCCAAAUUCAAGAUGCCAAGUAUCUCAGGACCUAAAAUGUCUAUGCCAGAUGUUGAUUUCAAUCUAAAAGGUCCCAAACUUGAAGGAGAUAUGUCCAUGCCAAAGAUGGAAGGAAAAGUAUCAGUACCUGAAGUUGACAUUAAAGGUCCAGGAAUUGAUGUUGAGGGACCGAAGGGCGGAUUUGAAAUGCCAAAAAUCAAAAUGCCCUCAAUAUCAGGGCCCAAACUUCCAGACUGGGACAUUAAUCUGAAAGGACCUAAAGUAAAAGGAGACAUUGAUAUGUCGGUUCCAAAGGUAGAGGGUGAUAUUAAAGCUCCAAAAGUCGACAUUGAGGGACCAGACAUUGACAUUGAUGGUCACAAAGGAGGAUUUAAAAUGCCCAAAUUUAAAAUGCCAUCCUUUGGAAUGAAAGGUCCACAUGUUGAAGGGCCAGAUGUUGAUGUCAACAUUCCAAAAGCUGAUAUUGAUAUCAGUGGCCCUGAAGUGGACAUCAAAGGUGGAAAUCUGGACAUUGAUAGCCCUAGUGGUAAAAUCAAAGGACCCAAAUUCAAGAUGCCAAGUAUCUCAGGACCUAAAAUUUCUAUGCCAGAUGUUGAUUUCAACCUAAAAGGUCCGAAACUUGAAGGAGAUGUGUCCAUGCCAAAGAUGGAAGGAAAAGUAACAGUACCUGAAGUUGACAUCAAAGGUCCAGGAAUUGAUGUUGAGGGCCCAAAGGGUGGAUUCGAAAUGCCGAAAAUCAAAAUGCCAUCAAUAUCAGGGCCCAAGCUUCCGGAUUGGGACAUUAAUCUGAAAGGACCUAAAGUAAAAGGAGACAUUGAUGUGUCGGUUCCAAAAGUAGAGGGUGAUAUUAAAGCCCCAAAAGUUGAAAUUGAGGGUCCAGAUCUUGACAUUGAUGGUCACAAAGGAGGAUUUAAAAUGCCCAAAUUUAAAAUGCCAUCUUUUGGAAUGAAAGGUCCACAUGUUGAAGGGCCAGAUGUUGAUGUUAACAUUCCAAAAGCUGAUAUUGAUAUCAGUGGCCCUGAAGUGGACAUCAAAGGUGGAAAUCUGGACUUUGAUAGUCCAAGUGGUAAAAUCAAAGGACCCAAAUUCAAGAUGCCAAGUAUCUCAGGACCUAAACUUUCUAUGCCAGAUGUUGAUUUCAAUCUAAAAGGUCCCAAACUUGAAGGAGAUGUGUCCAUGCCAAAGAUGGAAGGAAAAGUAUCAGUACCUGAAGUUGACAUUAAAGGUCCAGGAAUUGAAGUUGAGGGGCCGAAGGGCGGAUUUGAAAUGCCAAAAAUCAAGAUGCCAUCAAUAUCAGGGCCCAAGCUUCCAGACUGGGACAUUAAUCUGAAAGGACCUAAAGUAAAAGGAGACAUUGAUGUGUCAGUUCCAAAGGUAGAGGGUGAUAUUAAAGCCCCAAAAGUUGAAAUUGAGGGACCAGACAUUGACAUUGAUGGUCACAAAGGAGGAUUUAAAAUGCCCAAAUUUAAAAUGCCAUCCUUUGGAAUGAAAGGUCCACAUGUUGAAGGGCCAGAUGUUGAUGUCAACAUUCCAAAAGCUGAUAUUGAUAUCAGUGGCCCUGAAGUUGACAUCAAAGGUGCAAAUCUGGACAUUGAUAGUCCUAGUGGUAAAAUCAAAGGACCCAAAUUCAAGAUGCCAAACAUCUCAGGACCUAAAAUCUCUAUGCCAAAUGUUGAUUUCAACCUAAAAGGUCCGAAACUUGAAGGAGAUAUGUCCAUGCCAAAGAUGGAAGGAAAAGUAACAGUACCUGAAGUUGACAUCAAAGGUCCAGAAAUAGAUGUUGAGGGCCCAAAGGGUGGAUUUGAAAUGCCGAAAAUCAAAAUGCCGUCAAUAUCAGGGCCCAAGCUUCCAGAUUGGGACAUUAAUCUGAAAGGACCUAAAGUAAAAGGAGACAUUGAUGUGUCGGUUCCAAAAGUAGAGGGUGACAUUAAAGCCCCAAAAGUUGAAAUUGAGGGUCCAGAUCUUGACAUCGAUGGUCACAAAGGAGGAUUUAAAAUGCCCAAAUUUAAAAUGCCAUCUUUUGGAAUGAAAGGUCCACAUGUUGAAGGGCCAGAUGUUGAUGUUAACAUUCCGAAAGCUGAUAUUGAUAUCAGUGGCCCUGAAGUGGACAUCAAAGGUGCAAAUCUGGACUUUGAUAGUCCAAGUGGUAAAAUCAAAGGACCCAAAUUCAAGAUGCCAAGUAUCUCAGGACCUAAACUUUCCAUGCCAGAUGUUGAUUUCAAUCUAAAAGGUCCCAAACUUGAAGGAGAUGUGUCCAUGCCAAAGAUGGAAGGAAAAGUAUCAGUACCUGAAGUUGACAUUAAAGGUCCAGGAAUUGAAGUUGAGGGGCCGAAGGGCGGAUUUGAAAUGCCAAAAAUCAAGAUGCCAUCAAUAUCAGGGCCCAAGCUUCCAGACUGGGACAUUAAUCUGAAAGGACCUAAAGUAAAAGGAGACAUUGAUGUGUCAGUUCCAAAGGUAGAGGGUGAUAUUAAAGCCCCAAAAGUUGAAAUUGAGGGACCAGACAUUGACAUUGAUGGUCACAAAGGAGGAUUUAAAAUGCCCAAAUUUAAAAUGCCAUCCUUUGGAAUGAAAGGUCCACAUGUUGAAGGGCCAGAUGUUGAUGUCAACAUUCCAAAAGCUGAUAUUGAUAUCAGUGGCCCUGAAGUUGACAUCAAAGGUGCAAAUCUGGACUUUGAUAGUCCUAGUGGUAAAAUCAAAGGACCCAAAUUCAAGAUGCCUAGUAUCUCAGGACCUAAGAUUUCUAUGCCAGAUGUUGAUUUCAAUCUAAAAGGUCCCAAACUUGAAGGAGAUGUGUCCAUGCCAAAGAUGGAAGGAAAAGUAUCAGUACCUGAAGUUGACAUCAAAGGUCCAGAAAUUGAUGUUGAGGGGCCGAAGGGCGGAUUUGAAAUGCCAAAAAUCAAGAUGCCCUCAAUAUCAGGGCCCAAACUUCCAGACUGGGACAUUAAUCUGAAAGGACCUAAAGUAAAAGGAGACAUUGAUGUGUCGGUUCCAAAGGUAGAGGGUGAUAUUAAAGCCCCAAAAGUUGAAAUUGAGGGACCAGAUCUUGACAUUGAUGGUCACAAAGGAGGAUUUAAAAUGCCCAAAUUUAAAAUGCCAUCUUUUGGAAUGAAAGGUCCACAUGUUGAAGGGCCAGAUGUUGAUGUCAGCAUUCCGAAAGCUGAUAUUGAUAUCAGUGGCCCUGAAGUGGACAUCAAAGGUGGAAAUCUGGACAUUGAUAGCCCUAGUGGUAAAAUCAAAGGACCCAAAUUCAAGAUGCCAAGUAUCUCAGGACCUAAAAUGUCAAUGCCAGACAUUGAUUUCAACCUAAAAGGUCCCAAACUUGAAGGAGAUGUGUCCAUGCCAAAGAUGGAAGGAAAAGUAUCAGUACCUGAAGUUGACAUCAAAGGUCCAGAAAUUGAUGUUGAGGGGCCGAAGGGCGGAUUUGAAAUGCCAAAGAUGAAAAUGCCCUCAAUAUCAGGGCCCAAACUUCCAGACUGGGACAUUAAUCUGAAAGGACCUAAAGUAAAAGGAGACAUUGAUGUGUCCGUUCCAAAGAUAGAGGGUGAUAUUAAAGCCCCAAAAGUUGAAAUUGAGGGACCAGAUGUCGACAUUGAUGGUCACAAAGGAGGAUUUAAAAUGCCCAAAUUUAAAAUGCCAUCUUUUGGAAUGAAAGGUCCACAUGUUGAAGGGCCAGAUGUUGAUGUCAACAUUCCAAAAGCUGAUAUUGAUAUCAGUGGCCCUAACGUGGACAUCAAAGGUGCAAAUGUGGACAUUGAUAGUCCUAGUGGUAAAAUCAAAGGACCCAAAUUCAAGAUGCCAAGUAUCUCAGGACCUAACAUUUCUAUGCCAGAUGUUGAUUUCAACCUAAAAGGUCCCAAACUUGAAGGAGAUGUGUCCAUGCCAAAGAUGGAAGGAAAAGUAACAGUACCCGAAGUUGACAUCAAAGGUCCAGAAAUUGAUGUUAAGGGGCCGAAGGGCGGAUUUGAAAUGCCAAAAAUCAAAAUGCCAUCAAUAUCAGGGCCCAAGCUUCCAGACUGGGACAUCAAUCUGAAAGGACCUAAAGUAAAAGGAGACAUUGAUGUGUCGGUUCCAAAGGUUGAGGGCGAUAUUAAAACCCCAAAAGUUGAAAUUGAGGAACCAGAUCUCGACAUUGACGGUCACAAAGGAGGAUUUAAAAUGCCCAAAUUUAAAAUGCCAUCCUUUGGAAUGAAAGGUCCACAUGUUGAAGGGCCAGAUGUUGAUGUUGACAUUCCAAAAGCUGAUAUUGAUAUCAGUGGCCCUGAAGUGGACAUCAAAGGUGUAAAUGUGGACAUCGAUAGUCCUAGUGGCAAAAUUAAAGGACCUAAAUUCAAGAUGCCAAGUAUCUCAGGACCUAAAAUUUCCAUGCCAAAUGUUGAUUUCAAUCUAAAAGGUCCAAAACUUGAAGCUGAUGUUGAUGUGUCAGUUCCAAAGAUGGAAGGGAAAAUAAACGCCCCUGAAGUUGACAUCAAACGUCCCGAAAUUGAUGUUGAGGGACCAAAGGGGGGAUUUGAAAUGCCAAAAAUGAAAAUGCCUUCAUUUGGCCUUAAAGGCCCAAAAGUGGAGGGUCCAGAUGUUGACAUGAACCUUCCAAAGACCAGUAUUGACAUCAAAGCCCCUGAAGUGGACAUCAAAGGUCCAGAAAUUGAUGUUGAGGGGCCAAAGGGUGGAUUUGAAAUGCCAAAAAUCAAAAUGCCAUCAAUAUCCGGGCCCAAGCUACCAGACUGGGACAUUAAUCUGAAAGGACCUAAAGUAAAAGGAGACAUUGAUGUGUCGGCUCCAAAGGUAGAGGGGGGCAUUAAAGCCCCAAAACUUGAUAUCGACGGAGCAGAUGUCGACAUUGACGGUCACAAAGGAGGAUUUAAAAUGCCCAAAUUUAAAAUGCCUUCCUUUGGAGUCAAAGGUCCAAAUCUUGAAGGGCCAGAAGUUGAUGUUGACAUUCCCAAAGCUGAUAUUGAUAUCAAAGCCCCUGCAGUGAACAUCAAAGGAGCAGAUUUCGACAUUGAUAGUCCUAGCGGUAAAAUCAAAGGACCCAAAUUCAAGAUGCCAAGUAUCUCAGGACCUAAAAUUUCCAUGCCAGAUGUUGAUUUCAACCUAAAAGGUCCCAAACUUGAAGGUGAUGUUGAUGUGUCGAUUCCAAAUAUGGAAGGAAAGAUAAAAUCACCUGCUGUUGACAUCACAGGUCCAGAAAUUGAUGUUGAGGGACCCAAAGGCACAUUUGAAAUGCCAAAAAUCAAAAUGCCGUCAUUUGGCCUUAAAGGCCCCAAAGUGGAGGGUCCAGAUUUUGACAUAAACCUUUCUAAGCCCAAUAUUGACAUCAAAGCACCUGGAGUGGACAUUAAAGGGCCAAAGAGUGAAGGAAACAUAGGAAGAGCUGACAUUGAAUUCAAGAGUCCAGCGAUUGAUAUUGAAGGUACAAAGGGUGGCUUAGAAAAACCUAAAAUCAAAUUGCCAUCACUCAAUAUUAAAGGUCCAAAAGUGGACACUGAUGUCAAGGUACCAGAUCUUGAUAUAAAGCUCAAAGGCCCUCAAGUGAAAGGAGAAAUAGAUGCAUCCAAUCCCAAAUUGGAAGGGAAUACAAAGGGUGCAAAUAUAAGCAUUAGCGCAGACUCUGAAAAGACUAGUGUUACAUUUCCUAAAACUAAAGGUCCCAAGUUUGCAAUUAAAACUCCAGAAUUAAAGGGUCCUGAAUCCACAAAUAAGACACCCAUAUUAAGUGUGGGAGCCAAAGGUUCUAAAGCAGAUGCUAGCUUUCCAGAUACCAAAGCCAGUCUUGAUGUCCCUGACAUAGAUAUCAAUGUAAAAGGGAAAAAGGGGAGGUUUAAACUGCCUAAAGUGAAAGGAAAGGCCAAGAAAUUCGAGGCUGACGUUGAAACACCAUCAGCUAACCUAGGUAAGGACACCGCUGAUAUUCAUGUCAAAGGACCAAAGGUAAAGAAGCCUCUUUUUGGUAAACUUCAUUUUCCUGAUGUGGAGUUAGAUAUCAAAUCACCAAAAAUGAAAGGUGAUGGAUCAUCAGGUGACAUAAAUUUGCCAUCUGCUAACUUGAAUGCUGCCGUUGGUGGUUCAGGCUCUGAUGGUGCAAAUGUUUGUUUGGAAGGGCCAGGCAUUAAAGUAAAUGCACCACAUAUUAAAAUGGCUAGUGGGCAAAGUGGUCCUGAAAUGAGUGUUUCAGGAACUGGUGGACUUAAAUAUCCAGAGAGCACAAUAACAUUUCCCAAAAUCAAGAUACCGAAAUUUGGUAUUUUACUGCCCGAGGCACACAGCCAGGAGGGUGGAGAAAAAUCUGGAGCACAAUUUGCAGCCAGCAAGGACAUAAACAUGCAGGGUCCCUCUAUCAGUUGUCAAGUCAGUUCACAAAAUGUGGAUAUUCCCAGUCCUGACGUGAAACACAGUGAAGGCAAAGUAAGAGUAAAGAUGCCAAAAUUAUUUUCCAAGUCAAAAGCAAAAGGCAGUAGCACAGGUGACCUUCGUGGACCAGAUGUAGAAUUGAGCACAAGUGGGACCCGGGGUAAGGUCUCUAAAGAAUUAGGUGUUCAUUCUGGUGAUGGGAAGGGUGGAAAAUUAGAACUGGAAGGGGAUCCUGGACUAAGUCUGUCAACGAAGGGCAAGUCAGCCUCAAUGGAUCUAUUUAAGAAAUCAAGACAUCGGUCUUCAUCUUUGAGCGAUGAGGGCUCCCUUGCAACUAGCUCUCCUUCCGCCCACCUAGAAGCUGAGGGAGGUGACAUUUCAUUAGAUCUAGGAGGAAGUAAAGUUAAAGGAAAGAAAAGCAAGUUGAAGUUUGGCACGUUUGGAGGUUUUGGUUCGAAGUCAAAGGGCUCAUAUGAAGUAACACUUGGAAAUGAUAGUGAAGCAGGGAUGGAGGGGAGUGCAGGUCUUUCUGUACCUCCUAAAAAAUCAAGAUUAUCUUCAUCCUCAAGCAGUGACAGUGGUUCAAGAGGUGGCUUCAGGUUCCCAAGAGUUGAGCUGACAGUUUCACCAAAAAAGUGAUUGUGAAGCAAAUUAUAGUCUGUCAUGUAUAUCCAAAUACAUUAUCCUAAUAUCAUAGUUCUUUAAAACUUAAGGUGACAUGCACAGUCAUCUCAGUUUUGUUAAAAUAAGAACUAAAAAAAAAAAAAAAAAAUUAGACUGGAGUGCACAAGAUUGUUUAAAAUCCAUUCAAAAUGUAAAUAAGAUUAAUUUGUAUUGUAAUAAUAAUAAAUAUUGUUUUUGUAUAUAGUCCAGAUUUAUUGAACAUAUGCCAUCUCACAAAGUUAUCAACAGUUUGCAACAGGGUUUAGGUGCGGUAUGUUUGUGUUCAGGGGUCUAAUGCACAGAACAGAUACUUACAAUAGUUACUUUGAAGGAAAAUGUUCUUCAUACAUCCAAACACAUGUUACAAGUUACUUUUUUUAAGUAUGAAAUGGUGUUAUUUUCAAGCUUUUGAUAUUAUAAGAUCAUUACAUAAGCAUAUUUUCACAAUAUAGAGCUGGCCUUUUAUAACACAUCUUAAAAACUGAUGAUUUUGUAUAUAGCAUAAUUGCAAAGACAAUCACUGUUUGGAAAUUCUUUGAAGUGCUGUGAGUACUUUUUUGUUCAUUUAAAAUAAAAUGUAUUUCCUUAAAUGUAGUGACAUUUACCACAUAUGAAUUAGCUUUGCUCAUUUUAAACAGGUCUCUUAAUCAUUUGCCAUCUUCAGAGUUUACUGAUCCACUGUAUUUUAUUUCAUUGUGUCACUUUCUCUUUGUAUACACACCUAUUGCUAUGAUAAAAAAAAAUGUCAUAAAUAAACAUUCACUUUUUGAUGUUACAAGUUCAUGUUGAUAGAAAGUUGCAUAGUAUUAAUCAGAUAUGGAGAGCAUGAUUCUUUGGGACUAUUAUUUUGUGUGAAUUCUGCCAAAUAAACUCAAUAAAAAGAUCUAUAGAGUUUAUACUAAUCCCGGUGUCAGCCUCAUGAUGUUAAAACUGAGUUAUGACUUAUUUUUUUAUAGGUGCCAUAUGUAUGUGUGUGAGGUAUGACAAUUGUUCACCACUGAGGAGAGAACCAGAGACAUG